AUGAGCGACCCGCGGGAAUCCUCAUCGUACUCGGUGGCGCCCCGGCUCCGCUACAACACCGUCGGCGGCGUCAAUGGCCCUCUCGUCAUCCUAGACAAUGUGAAAUACCCGCGGUACAACGAGAUCGUAACCCUGACCCUCCCCGAUGGAACGGAGCGAUCUGGUCAGGUCCUUGAGGCUCGAGGAAAUCGAGCAAUUGUUCAGGUCUUCGAGGGCACCUCGGGCAUCGAUGUGAAGAAGACUCGAGUCAAAUUCACGGGCGAGAGCUUGAAGCUCGGCGUGUCGGAAGACAUGCUGGGGCGCAUCUUCGACGGUUCAGGGCGAGCCAUCGACAAGGGACCCAAGGUCUUGGCCGAGGAGUACUUGGACAUCAACGGAAGCCCCAUUAACCCCUAUUCAAGAGUGUACCCCGAGGAGAUGAUCUCGACUGGUAUCUCCGCCAUCGACACGAUGAACUCGAUUGCCCGUGGGCAAAAGAUUCCUAUUUUCUCCGCCGCUGGUCUGCCACACAACGAGAUUGCCGCCCAGAUCUGCCGGCAGGCGAGCUUGGUUCAGAAGCAGGGCUUAACAAACAAGGGUACUCACGAUGGGCACGAGGAAAACUUCUCUAUCGUGUUUGCCGCCAUGGGUGUUAACUUGGAAACCGCCCGGUUCUUCACCCGCGACUUCGAGGAGAACGGAAGCUUGGAGCGCGUGACGUUGUUCCUCAACCUUGCAAACGACCCAACAAUCGAACGUAUCAUCACUCCCCGUCUGGCUCUGACAACCGCCGAGUACUAUGCCUACCAACUCGAAAAGCACGUCCUGGUUAUUCUCACAGAUCUUUCGGCCUACUGCGACGCCCUACGUGAAGUGUCGGCCGCCCGAGAAGAAGUUCCCGGCCGCCGUGGUUUCCCCGGUUACAUGUAUACCGAUUUGUCGACCAUCUACGAGCGAGCUGGUCGUGUCGCUGGCCGGAAUGGCUCCAUCACGCAAAUUCCUAUCCUCACUAUGCCCAACGACGACAUUACCCACCCGAUUCCUGAUUUGACAGGCUACAUCACGGAGGGCCAGAUUUUUGUCGACCGAAGCUUGCACAACCGUGGUAUCUACCCCCCCAUCAAUGUGCUGCCGUCGCUCUCCCGUCUCAUGAAGUCAGCAAUUGGUGAGGGCAUGACCCGAAAGGAUCACGGCGACGUAUCGAACCAGCUUUAUGCAAAGUACGCCAUUGGCCGUGAUGCGGCUGCAAUGAAGGCGGUCGUCGGCGAGGAAGCGCUUUCUGCAGAAGACAAGCUGUCGCUCGAGUUCCUCGACAAGUUUGAGCGCACCUUUAUCACCCAGCAGCCGUACGAGUCGCGGACGAUCUUCGAGUCCCUGGAUCUUGCGUGGAGCCUGCUGCGUAUCUACAAAAAGGGCAUGCUGAACCGUAUCCCCGCCGAUAUCAUCGCCGAGUACUACCAGAGAACGAGCGCGAUCAAAGCCAAGGCUGGGAACCAGCCCGCGCCGGCCAAAGAUACCAGAGACAAUGGCGAGGAGAACCUGAUCGAUGCAUAA